AUGACUUCAAUUAAAAGUGUUCGAUGGCUAGCAUUUCAAGGUUUAGGGUUCAGAGGUAAUGAUGAAUCUCCAUCUUCACGUAAUCGUGGGAAUUUUAUACAACUAAUAAAGUGCGUAGCAGGUUUGAAUCCAGAUGAAGUUGGGGAUGAAUGCUUUUGCAUUCUUGUUGAUGAAGCACAAGAUGCAUCUAAUCGAGAGCAGAUGGCCAUUAUCUUGAGGUUUGUGAAUAGUCACAGUAGUUUGAUAGAACAUUUCUUUGCAAUCAAAAGAGUUAGUAAUACUACUUCAUCGAAUCUCAAAAAUGAAAUAUGUGAUGUUCUUGCUCAAUAUGAACUUCGGGUAACGUUGGUCGUGGCAGCUAAAGAAGUCCAUGUCAUUUGGAACUUCUUUUCUCAUUUGGACAAGAUUGUCAAUGUUAUUACUUCUUCUCCUGAACGAGUUACUGAGUUGCAAUUUUUUCAUGGAGAGGAAAUUCACCGUAUAUUGGAUACCGGGGAGCGUGAAUCUAGAAGUGGGGCUAAUCAAAUGAUUUUGAUAGAUAUGUAUGGUGCAACCCGCAAAGUGCUUCAAUAUAUUUGUGAUCAUUGUCCAAACGGUAGAUCUCAAGCUGAAGCUCGUGGUGCUUACAAAAAGUUGGAAGAAUUUCUUCAAGAAGUAAAAUCCUUUUGCUCAAAGAAUAAUAUUACAAUACCCGAUCUAGAAGGUUUGUAUAACACUGGCCAUUCUAGUGAUGAAACUAUAAUUGAGCAUUAUUAUCACUAUGAUGUUUUUAAUGAAGCAAUAUAUUUUGUAAUGAUGGAGUUAAAUACAAGAUUUAAUGACAUAUCAGUAGAACUCCUUUCUCUCAAUGCAGCUUUUCAGGAUUCAUUUAGAUUGUUUGACAGUCGAAAAAUUUGCACACUUGCAGAGAAAUUUUACCCUCAAGAUUUUUUGAAGCAAGAUAUUAUUACAUUGGAAUUUGAGUUGCCAUAUUAUGAGUUAGAUAUGAAGGGUGAGUCUCGAUUUCAAGUAUCUACACUUUCUGAGUUAUGCGAACAGUUGAUUGAGAGUAGAAGAUCAGAGAUUUACAUUAUGAUGAUUAGAUUGAUUCGUCUUAUAUUGACGUUACAUGUUUUUACCGCAAGUACUGAGCGAGCAUCUUCAGCGAUAAAACAUGUGAAGACGACACUUAACAACAAAAUGGAGGAUGAUUUUCUUGUUGAUUGUAUGAUACUUUUUAUAGUAAGAGAACUUGCUGAGAAAAUAGAUUUAGAUUCUAUUAUAGAUGAGUAUUAUAUUUCAAAUCCUCGUCGGGAACGACUUAAAUAA